CCAUAACACAAAUGCCAUAAUAACAACAACAUGCGACCACCUCACCUCUAUUUCAUCCUCAUACAAUUUCUUCCACUCUUUUCCCAUCAUGUGAUCGCCACCGUUCCGGCCAUAAUUGUCUUCGGUGACUCCACCGUCGAUGCCGGAAACAAUAAUGUUAUCGCCACCCUCCUCAAAAGUAACUUUGGUCCUUAUGGCCGUGAUUUCAUCGGCGGUGAGCCUACCGGACGCUUUUGCAAUGGUCGUCUUGCUACCGACUAUAUUGCAGAGGCUUUUGGACUUGGCUCCACCAUUCCUGCUUAUCUUGAUCCUGCUUUUGAUAUUAAGGAUUUUAUGACUAGUGUUUGCUUUGCUUCGGCCGGAACUGGCUUCGACAUCGCCACUUCUGAAGUGCUAAAUGUGAUACCACUAGAGAAGGAAGUGGAGUAUUUUGGAGAGUAUCAAGAGAAGUUGAGGAAUUAUGUUGGUGAAUCAAAGGCCAAGCAAAUAGUUAAUGAAGCAAUCUACAUUGUUAGCAUAGGGACAAAUGACUUCUUGGAAAACUACUACGCACUAAUAACAGGGAGAUUCAAGCAAUACACAAUUGAAGAGUUCGAGGAUUUUCUAGUGGAAUUGGCUGCAAAAUUCUUUAGUGAAAUAUACUAUUUGGGAGCUAGAAAGAUUGCAUUCACUGGACUAAGUCCAAUUGGGUGUCUUCCAUUGGAGAGGACCACCAAUUUGUUACAUGGUGGUGCUUGCAUUGAAGAGUACAACAAGGUAGCAAAAGACUUCAAUUCCAAGAUGAUGGCAAAGAUUUAUGAAUUGAAUGCUGAACUUCCAGGCAUAAGAUUGAUCUUCCUUGAUAUCUACAACACUGUUCUUCACAUCAUCCAAAAUCCUUCUUCCUAUGGAUUUGAAAACUCCCGGCGAGGAUGCUGUGCGACCGGGUUGUUUGAAAUGAGCUACCUCUGCAACCAAUGGAGUCAUGCCACGUGUCCAGAUGCAGACAAAUACGUGUUCUGGGACUCAUUCCACCCGACCCAAAAAAUGAACCGGAUCAUGGCCCAAUAUGCUGUGGACACCUACAUGCGCUUUUUCAUUUAAGUAAUUAUUAUAAUCAUUAUUUUCAUAUAUAUAUACCCCUAUGAAUUUAUAAUACUUGUAUAUGAGCGAUGCAAAAAUAAGUGGUGAAAUUUGUUUUGUGUAUAUUUACUACCAUUGAAGAGGUUCUCACCUUAAGAAACAUGAAAUUAUAAAUUUUUAUUAUAGGGGUGUUUAUGUAAUUGUGUGAUUUACCAGGGUAUAUAUGUAAAAAAUUUAAGUCUAUUUGAGACUCAA